AUGAUUACCUCCGUCACAUGGCUGGAUCUCUGUCUGGCAGGCGUUGGUGUUUAUCUUAUCAGACAGAUCGUCUCGAAGAAGAAGCCAGCUCCCUUUCCCCCUGGUCCGAAGCCGCUGCCACUCCUUGGAAACAUAUUGGACAUGCCUUCUGUAAAGCCAUGGCUCACCUUUUCCGACUGGGCUAGCAAGUUUGGCGAUAUAUCACACUUGGAAAUAUUUGGCCAACAUAUCGUCGUCCUCAACUCUGCAAAGACUGCCGUCGAAAUGCUCGACAGGAAGAGUUCCAUCUACUCCGACCGUCCGGUCCUCCCAAUGGGUGGUGAGCUGGUUGGAUGGAGAAAUACCCUCGUCCUCUUGCCAUAUGGUGAUAACUUCCGCGAAUACCGCAGGAACUUUCAUCGCGUUAUUGGCAGUCGUGCAGCCAUGUCCGUAUACCAUGCCAUCGAAGAAGAGGAGACCCACAAGUUCUUGCAGCGCGUCUUGACCAAGCCUACCGACUUGUCUGCCCACGUGCGCACCACUGCAGGGGCUAUCAUCUUGCGAAUCUCACACGGAUACCACAUCCAGGAGGAUGGCGAUCCUCUUGUGAGUCUCGCGGACACGGCUGUGGAUCAAUUUUCUCGAUCCACUGCUACGGGUGCUUUCAUGGUUGACCUCAUCCCAGCUUUGGCUUACGUUCCAGAGUGGUUCCCUGGCGCAAGCUUCCAGCGUAAAGCCAGAGAAUGGCGUGCCACUCUCCACGAAAUGGUUAACCAACCAUACAAGUUUGUCCAGGAUCAGAUGGCUGCUGGCAUUGCUCCUAAAUCAUUCACCUCAAACUUGCUGGAGGGUAGAACAUUGACUGAGGAAGAAGAGCACAUUAUUAAGUGGUCCGGUGCUUCCUUGUAUAGCGGCGGUGCUGAUACAACAGUUUCUGCCAUUUAUGGAUUUUUCUUGGCUAUGACGCUCUAUCCAGAGGCUCAAAAGAAGGCUCAGGCAGAGAUAGAUGCUGUCGUUGGUUCUGACCGUCUCCCCACCUUUGCUGAUCGCGAAUCUCUUCCUUACGCCGAGGCUCUUGUCAAGGAAGUCUUACGCUGGUGUCCCGUCGUACCCAUCGUGGUACCGCACCGCGUCACUGCCGACGAUAUUCACAAUGGCUAUUACAUUCCCAAGGGAACUCUGGUACUGGCCAAUGCCUGGUACAUGUUACGUGACCCUUCCAUUUAUCCCGACCCCAUGAAUUUCAAUCCCGAUCGUUUCCUUCCCUCAGGGGGUAAGGAGCCACCAACCGAUCCCCGCGACAUCUGCUUUGGAUUUGGACGACGCAUCUGCCCUGGUAUGCACCUUGCCGAUGCUUCGGUAUGGCUGUCGGCAGUCAUGUCACUCGCUGUCUUCAAUGUUUCGAAAGUGGUUGAGAACGGGGUUGAAAUCACCCCGGAAGUUGAUCCGUCAAGUGGUACUAUCAGCCAUCCCAAACCAUUCAAGUGCUCCAUCAAACCCCGGUCUGCGAAGGCUCUUGAGCUUAUCCAGCAAACCCCUCACUACUGAUCGCAUUCGCUCUGUGCUUCUCCGAAGGAAUCGGGCUAUCAAUUAUACCAAACCCACUAUCUACCCAUUCACCUCAUGUACGAUAUACCUCACUCUUGGUUACAUACCUGCUUGCAAUACAGACUCCAUCCGCGCUUCAUCUUCAAAAAUUGUCCUUGGAUACCCACGUUAUCUCCCCCCCGCUGCCGCAUCUCUGGUUGUGCUUCCAAUUUAACAGCGGGAAUACUGACCGUG